UCAGUGAAAGAGGAAACAGGACUCAUUAACAACUCAACUUACACAACCGACUCCUUCAACUCUCACGCUUUUCUUUACUCUGUUUGGUCGUCGUACAUGAAGGUCGAGGAACACGAAACUUUAAUGAUGUCCCUCAAAAUGGCACCCCAAUUUUGUCUGAUCUUUCUCCUAAUGAUCUCAGGAGCUCUUGGGAAUCAACGGAGUGUGGAAUACAGCAACUUAAAUCUCUAUUCUCCAAAGAACGUGUAUAUUAGUUUCUCCACAAUCCCAUCAGAGGGCAUUUCAGUGACUCUGACCUGCAGCAGUGAUGCAAACCCACCUGUAGAGAGCUACACCUGGUUUAAGGAGAAUGAAGCAUCACCUGUAGGAUCAGGACAGAGUUACAGAGCUCUACUGAACGUACCAUACUACUGUAAGGCUCAGAAUAAUCUUGGCUCUGAGAGAUCUGCUACAGUGUUCAUCACUAUAACCAUAGGAUCAGAUGUCUCUAUAAAUGUGUAUGUGGCUGUUGGACUCGGAUUGUUUGCACUUGCAGUUCUUCUCUCUGCACUCUUCUGGUUAAGAUGUAGGAGACAGAAGAAUAAUCCAGAUGAAGGUGACUAUCAGAACGUUGGGCCGAGUGCUAAAGACGACACGUAUGCAGCUCUCGACCCUGCAGACCGGAAAUCUGAUGAUGUUUAUCAGACACUUGCAUAUUGAUGACCUGCCCACAUCUGACUACUAGAUGCCAGCAAAGACUUUGAGGAACAGGAUGAAGAAAAGAAGUUCUGAAACAGCUGAUGAAUAGAGAGAACUCUUUACUGAAAUGAAAACCUGAAUCGCUUCUUUACUCUCGCAACAUGAGCAACUUACAGCCAUUUAAAUCAACUUUAAUCAUUUUAUAGAAGUACAGAGUAUUUUUUCUGCUGUCUGCAGGUUAGAACUGUUUCAGUCUGC